GUUGCCUUUACUUGAUAUUCUCAUUUUAUUCUAAAUAAAUAUCGAAAUAAAUAUUAAAAAUGAGUAAAGCUAAGGUGGCUGUGCGUGACAUUUCACCAAUCAUGCAAGCUUUAAGAAAUUUUUUGCUUGGCCGAAAGCAUACCAAUGCCUUGAGGUUCGAGCCAUUCCUGGCUGACAGGACUCAGCCACCGCCAGCAAUACCCGAUGGUGUAGCCCACAAGCACUCCCAGAAUUACUACUACACAAGAGACGCGCGCCGCGACGUAGUUCCGCCGAUAGAUGUCACCAAGGUGCUCAUUGAAGCUAGCUCAGACAAGGGUGCACCCAAGAAGGCGGCAACGGUAGCUCCCACCCCUGGACAACUAUACCAAUGGGACAAGCACUAUUAGAGACAAAUCAAAUUAUUAUCAACCAUAUUACCACGCUGUAAAGUUUUAAGUUAAAUAAAUUUAGAUUCAUUAUAAUUACGC